AUGUCGGCAACAAAAAGAACCGCACCUCCAACGGCACAAGCGGCUUCCGCGCCGUCGAAGCGACCCCGACAAGAAAGCGACGAGCCCGGCGUUCAUGUCAUCUUUGUUGCCAUCAGCCACCACAAAGAUAUCGGUAAAGAGGGCCCCGACUGCAGAAUCCCCUGCGACCCAGCUCUUGGCUCAUUCGAAGCGGGCGACGUCCUAGGCAGUUUGACGCCUGAAAGACUACAGGAACUGGAAGUCGAUCUGGGUCCUGGACUUGUCAGCAACAUCGGUCCCAAAGAGAAACAGAAAUAUGGUCUAAUCGACUUGGCUGGUCGUAUCGCAAGAUCAAAAAAGUUCAAACCAAAGCUCAUUCAGCCCUCCUGGAAUGAACGCGUUGUCCUUCUCCAUCAGCAGGUUGUCACUAUGCUUUGGGCCGAAAGAUCUCAACGCAUGACGGUUGAGUACUGCACUCUCGGUUGGGUCAUGAGCCUCAUCAAGGAAGGAGGCAAUUCUCUCGCCAAUCAAUUUUGCGAUCACAAUCGGCCGAUUAUAUUCUACAUUCCGCUUCACCCACGCGAUUGGAGCCUGCAUCCUGAAGUUCGUGGUCUUUAUGAAGCCAUAGAUGCACUCCAGCAUUUGUUUGACAACAUCAGCGUUUUUCCGGCAUACCAUGAGAACUGGAAUUACGGAUACAAAGUCGCAGAUGUCAAGGCAUUGGAUUCUGUCGCAGCGAAAGAGUCCACACCGGAACCAUACCGUCAUAGGCCCAAGACAUGCUUGGUCACCGGACCCUGCGGACUUGAUGAAAUCCAGGGACCGCAAUUCGUCAGGUUCGCGUUUAGUGAUCGCGACGACUACAUACAUCAUAGCACAGCCCCAAGCUAUAACACGUUCAUUCACAGCCAGCCCUAUACGCAGGGAUCCGCCAUGAGAGUCAUUCACCAGCAGUGCUUGUCCUCGGUCUCUGAAUGGGGAUAUAUACGCGUUUUUAUGGUCGGCAAUCAGAUCAUUGCCCGCAGCUUCUCCUCAAGCGACCAGCGAACAAAAGUACACAGCACAUCGACUCUUCGUCACGAUUGCCACUUCGACUUUCGCGCCGGUGGUUUUCGACAUCCAGAUCCGGACCCAGAAGUGACUGAGCGACAAGAAGCAAAGCUGGAGGAACUCGACAGCUUUUGCAAGUGGUGGCAACAUCAACUGACGACGUAUGAUCCUGAACUCUUUGAGUCUCUCAAGGUUGGGUGCAUCUUGAGAAUUGGCCUCUCGGAAGCGAGUCUUGAUGGGAAGUUCUUUAUACUCUCGGUUCAACGAUGGUAUGCUUCUCACUUUUUCAGCAUGGACUUGACAGCCAAGCCAUUCGAUCAGCUGUGCAAGGCAUUUGGUGAGCAGUUUGCACGAGUUUAUGGGUCCUUUGCUGCGACGGAUGUACCGGAUAAUUGA